AUGGUGGUGAUAGAGGAAAAGGUCAUGGUAGCAGCAACCACGCCGGUGGACAACAACAGCAACGUCCAUGGCAACAGGAGCAACCGUACUAGUGGAUACCACAACCACUGUCAGGGUCUUGGGGACAACAAGCAUGGGCUGCUCCACCUUGUCCUUACCCCAACUCAUCACGGGCUCAUCCACCUCCUACUCAAAUUUGAUGGUUCUUUUGAAAGGCACAAAGCUCAUCUUGUUGGUGAUGGCAAAUCUCAACAAGUUGGUGUGGAUUGUGAUGAAACAUUUAGCCCCGUGUCUAUUAUGUCCUUCCUUGCUGCUAAAUUUGCUGUGAAAGAUUUGGGUCCUCUGAGCUAUUUCGUGGGCAUUGCAGUUACACGACAUGCAAGUGGGUUAUUUCUUUGUCAACAUAAAUAUGCUGAGGAGAUUAUUGAACUAGCCGACAUGACCUCUUGUAAUCAUGCAACUACGCUAGUGGAUAAUAAGGCUAAAUUGAGUGUCUCUUCAGGAUCUCCCUAUGAAGGUCCUACACAUUAUCGUAGUUUAGCUGGAGCAUUGCAAUAUCUUACAUUUUUGAGACCAGAUAUAUCUUUUGUUGUGCAAUAG